AUGAUUGCCUUGACAAUUAUCGCAUUGCUAGCCGCAGGCCUGGCCCUCGGACAGGAAGCCCCUCGGGCCUUUAGCGGCAUUCGUCUUUCGGAGGCUGGUGCGGACACCCCAAGCCCCAGUGACUGGGCCGAACGAGCGGAGAAGGAGGGCCGGAAACUAUGCAUCAUAGAGCCGGACGCCAAUGGCGGAGACGAUGCUCCAGCGCUACUUACCGCGCUGAACGACGAGUGCCGGACCAAGAGCAUCAUAGUGCUACCGGGCCCUGUUUACCACAUCAACUCGCCAAUGGUGACUACGGAUCUGGACGACGUGGUGAUUGACCAGCGCGGCAGGUUGCUUUGGAGCGAUGACACCUCAUACUGGCUCUCCGUGUCGAUGCCCGUGGGAUUCCAGAACCAGAGCACGGUAUGGCACUUUGGCGGCGACGGCGUGGUGUGGGAAGGCCACGGGGUCGGCACGCUCGACGGCAACGGUCAGGUUUGGUACGAUCUGAACAAGGGAGGGUCCAACAUGCCUCACCGGCCGAUGAACAUCAAUUUCCGGGGCUUUUCCAACUCGGUCGUCAAAGGGCUCCGGUUCGUCCAGAGCCAAAUGUGGACAAUGAACAUUAUGUACUCGAACAACCUGGUCUUCGAGGACAUGUACGUUAACAGCACGUCGUCCACGGAGAACAACUCCCUCAACACGGACGGCGCAGACACCAUGUACUCGGACAACAUCACCUUCCGGCGGUGGGUCGUGGUGAACGGCGACGACGCCAUCGCUUUGAAGGCCAAUUCGAGCAACAUCUACAUCUACGACAGCGAGUUCUUUGGCAGCACCGGCAUCGCCAUGGGCUCCAUCGGACAGUUCCUCGGGCAGUUCGAGUACAUUGAGAACUUCUCGGCGAGGAACGUGACGCUACACGACACGCUCCGGGGCUGCUACUUCAAGACGUGGACCGGCAACCAGAUCGGGUACCCGCCCAACGGCGGCGGCGGCGGGACGGGUUACGCGCGCAACAUCGUCCUGGAGGACAUCAAGCUGGACCGCACCCGCGGGGAACCGCUCUUCAUCACCCAGUGCGAGUCGUACUCGGGCCACGCGGGCGAGUCGUGCGACACGUCGACCUUCAAGAUCUCGGACGUCGUGUGGAAGGACUUCAGCGGGACCGUGACGGACGCCGUCCCCAGCGCGGGCUUCUUCCGGUGCAGCAGCGCGGCCGCCGGCGGGUGCAGCAACCUGACGGUCGAGAACUUCGCCGUCAAGCCCGUGGGCAAGGACGCCGUGAUUGACAAGUGGCUUUGCAAGAACGUCCUCGGGGGUGAGGGAUUCGACUGCCAAGAGAUAGAGGAGAGUGUCGAUGAGCUAUGA